CUGGGGCAAGAACACCCUGCAGUCAAGUUCUUUGCCACUUGAGGAGAUGACUCUUCCUCCCAGCACUCUCCAGUACUUCAUGCCUCCCUUCCAUCCGAGGCUGCAUCUUCAUAGUCUUUUCCAUGCCAGUUCCUGCCAGCCUUCCCAUACAAAGUCUCGGAAGACUCCCGCUUUCCCUUCUGCUCACCGCCUUGUCUUACUCGCACCAGAAUCGCCCUGCACGGUGUGUUCCCAGCUGCGACGGCUUCUCCAGCAUUCAUCUGGGAAGUGUCCCAGCAGUACCCACUCACCUACUCCGAAACCUUCAUGUUUUCAGAGUGAAACAUCUUUCAACCUAAUAUCAGAAAAAUGUGACAUUCUAUCCAUUCUUCGGGAUCAUCCUGAAAAUAGAAUUUACCAGAGGAAAAUCCAGGAACUCAGCAAAAGAUUUACCUCAAUCCGAAAGACCAAAGGAGAUGGGAAUUGCUUCUACAGGGCCUUGGGAUAUGCCUACCUGGAGUCUUUGCUGGGCAAGAGCAGAGAGAUCCUCAAGUUCAAAGAGCGUGUGCUACAGACCCCAAAUGACCUUCUGGCUGCCGGCUUUGAGGAACACAAGUUCAGAAACUUCUUUAACGCUUUUUACAGUGUGGUAGAGCUGGUAGAGAAGGACGGCUCCGUGUCCAGCCUGCUGAAGGUGUUCAAUGACCAAAACUCCUCGGACCGGAUCGUGCAGUUCUUGCGCCUGCUCACAUCGGCCUUCAUUAGGAACCGAGCUGACUUCUUCCGACAUUUCAUUGAUGAGGAGAUGGACAUCAAAGACUUCUGUACCCACGAAGUGGAGCCCAUGGCCAUGGAGUGUGACCACGUCCAGAUCACAGCUCUGUCGCAGGCACUGAACAUUGCUCUGCAGGUGGAGUACGUGGAUGAGAUGGACACGGCUCUGAACCACCACGUGUUCCCCGAGGCUGCCACCCCUUCCGUUUAUCUGCUCUAUAAAACAUCCCACUACAACAUCCUUUAUGCAGCUGAAAAACACUGAUUAAUUUUAGGCCAUGCCGGAGCCUAUCAUCUAAUGGACUGCAUUCUGAAUGGAACAUUCUGCCUUGGCGAUUUUUUAAUUGACUUAGACAACUAGAAAACAUACAGCCUUUUGGGUAAAGCCACUCAACUGAGACCUGUGCCCACUAUGGACUGUCAUGACUUAGUAGGAAUUUUAGUAUUUAUUUUGAUAGAUGAUGUAAUGCCUGCUAACUCUGGACCAGAAAGCCAGGAACCCAGUCUAUGUAUCCGUUUACUGUAAGAACCUCGUUGGACCUAUUUAUCUGGAAGAGGUUCCUGGCAGUGUUGACAUGCCGCUGUGUGAAAGUGGGGAUAUCUGGUUUGUCCUCACCAGGGGCAGUGGCCUUCCUAGGGAAGAAAAGCUCAGGUCAGCUGUCAUAUUUUAUAUUCCGGUGACUUACCAGACCUAUGAAGAGUCCAGCCCUACUUUGUUGGGUGGGUAAUGGUAGACAACUGAUGAUGAUGAUUCAUGAUGGCUAUGCUUUCCCAUUUAUUAGGAGGGGGGAGGGAGGAGAGAGAGAGGGAGGGAGGGAGGAGAAGAGAGAGAGAGAGGAGAGAGUUGAGAAUUUUAUACCCAAAGUCCAGAAGAGGACUUUAGCCUUCAGCAUGAAGCUCAGGUUUUAAGGUAAGGUCCUUCUACCUCAGGACCCGAACUCCUGACUUUGGAGGACAGGCCCCUCAGGGUUCUGCUGUCAACCCCACCCGGAUGAAGUUUGACAAAGACAGGGCCUGGACCUGAGUCAGUGUGUUCACGUCUGGGACCAGGGAGCUGCAGCUGCCCAUCAUCCCCAGGGAAUGCAGAAGUAGGGUCUAGGUCGCCAGCUGGGCAGGGUAUGUGCAGCAUGGAAAGAGGGGAGCAUGGAUUGGAACGGCUCUAGUUUCUCCAGCUCGCUUCACAGGCAGUUAGGCAGGAAAGAACAGACAAGCCAUAGGAGUUGGCACCAGGGGCAUUUCCAGUGCUGGCAGUGGCCUCUUGGUCUGCACGUGCCCCUUAAUAGCCCCCUUACCCUGCUGUCUCAAGACCUUCAGGAGUCCACCUGAGGACACCGUGGAAAAAUCAGCCUCCAGCUGGGCUGAGGCACUUGCUAGCCCUGCCUUCCUCUGUAGGACAGCCGUGGAACCACCCACUGGUACCCUUCCGUGGGUACAAGCUCCCCCUCAUGUUUCAUUCUGCAGUGAUUAAGACUGCUGGUGCUACAAGGAGGGUCUGCUGAGUCUGCACACAGGACAGCAGGAUCCCGAGUCUCACACAAAUCUCAGAUCUGUUUCUUUUGUUUGGUGUAAGCCAAAAGCACCCAGAUGUCUGGGCAGUGAGGGAACCAAGGCCACAUUUAGAUUUAAAGGCUCCAGCUAAGUGAGUCUGUCACUGGCAAAGGAGUAUAAAUCUGGCCUUCAUCUUUUGUUAAUUGUUCCACCCUGAUCUGGGUAAGAGUGUUGAGGUCUAUGACAAGUACCCCAGAAGAGUGGGCACUGUUUCUGUAACUGACUAUCUUCAGCCAGACAGUUCUUCACUUCCAGGCUGAAUGGUAUGAACACAGGACGCCCACCUGGGCUGUUCCGAGGAGUUCGGAUGGGUCUAGGGAAAGGGCAAUAGGGAGACUUGGGAAUAUGCUAAAACCUGGCUGACCAUAGCAAUUUCUUGGCUAGGCUACACCAACAAUCAUGCCAGCACGCCCACUUUCUGAAUGAUUCCUGCACCCUGUACAGCCACCUCUUUCUAGAAGUGAAUGGCUUCCCCAAGUGUGAGCCAGGGGAACAGUGCAACAGGUCUAAGAGCCAAGUACCAGCCAGCCUGGGACAACAGGGCUUGGGGUUCAGUGAAUGCCCAAGGCCAAGCCCUACAGCUUCCUUCAGAUGAAAACAUCUUCCUAGCAUUAAACAGUUUCUAUAAACUUUCA